CUGCUUGCCGAGGGCGACGACCUUGACGACAUCCGCUCCGAGGCCUUCGCCGCCGUCCGCGAGGCCUCCAAGCGCAACGCUCGGUUGCGCCACUUCGACGUCCAGAUCAUGGGCGGCGUCGUGCUCCACGAGGGCAAGAUCGCCGAGAUGAAGACGGGAGAGGGCAAGACUCUCGCAGCCACCCUGCCCUCCUACCUGAACGCCCUCACCGGCCGCGGCGUCCACGUCGUGACCGUCAACGACUACCUCGCCAAGCGCGACGCUCAGUGGAUGGGUACCAUCUACCACGCCCUCGGCCUGCGUGUCGGCUGUCUGCAGCACGACGCCGCCUUUCUGUACGACCCGGAAAUGGCCGACGGAAAGCUGCCCUUCCUGCGGCCAGUCUCAAGAGCCGAAGCCUAUCGCGCCGACAUUACCUCCGGCACCAAACAAGGUUCGGCUUCGAUGACUUUGCGUGAGCUCACCUUCGCCAUCGUCGACGAAGUCGACAAUAUCCUCAUCGACGAGGCCCGUACCCCACUCAUCAUCAGCGGCCCGGCGGAGAGAGAACGGUGCAGUGCAGCUGAUCCAGACUUCGCUCGCCUCGUGCCACGCCUCGACCCGACGGAAGACUACACCAUCGACGACCGCACCAAGGCCAUUUCCCUCUCCCAGGAGGGAAUCGGCAAAGAUGGAGCAGUGGACCAACACCUCCAAUCUGUACGACCCCGAGAACUUCCACCUCGUCCACUACAUGGAGAAUGCCCUUCCACCGCCCACGUGAUGAAGCAGCGCGACAAGGAAUAUGUCGUGCGCGACGGCGAGGUGGUCAUCGUCGACGAGUUCACCGGGCGGCUCCAGCCCGGCCGCCGCUGGUCCGACGGCCUGCACCAGGCCGUGGAAGCCAAGGAAGGCCUGCGCAUUCAACGCGAGAGCAUCACCUACGCCACCAUUACCCUGCAGAACUACUUCCGCAUGUACCGGAAGCUGUCUGGCAUGACCGGUACCGCUGCUACCGAGGCCGACGAGUUCUACCGCAUAUACGGCCUCGAGGUGGUGGAAAUCCCCACCAACAAGCCCAUGCGGCGGGAAGACAAUUCCGACCUCGUGUAUCAGUCCGAAGAGGGCAAGUGGAAGGCGGUGACCGACCACAUUGUUGCGAAAUACGAGUCGCAACAGCCGUUGCUAAUCGGCACCACCUCCAUAGAGGACUCGGAGUACCUCAGCGACCGGCUCCGAAAGCGCGGCGUUUCCCAUCAGGUGCUCAACGCCAAGAACCACGAGGGCGAGGCCAACGUCAUCGCCCAGGCUGGCAGGCUCGGCGCCGUUACCGUCUCCACUAACAUGGCUGGUCGCGGCACCGACAUCGUGCUCGGCGGCAUCGACACUUCACGCGACGACUGGCAGCAGGAACACGACCGCGUCGUGGAUCUGGGCGGACUGCACGUUAUCGGCACCGAGCACCACGACGCCCGCCGCGUCGACAACCAGCUCCGCGGACGUGCCGGCCGCCAGGGCGACCCAGGCAGUUCCCAGUUUUACGUCUCCCUGGAAGACGAGUUGAUGCAGCGCUUCGGCGGCGAGCGCAUCAAGACCGUCAUGGGCUGGACUGGGCUGGAAGAAGACACCCCCGUCGAGAACAAGCUGGUCACCAAGUCCAUCAGCGGUGCCCAGGUCAAGGUCGAGGGCUACCACUUCGACAUCCGCAAGCACCUGCUGAAUUUGACGACGUGCUGA